GGGCGGCGGCGCAUGCGCAGCCCGCGGCGGCCUCCCACGAUGGCGGCGGCGGGCGGGCAGGCGGCGCUGGAGCGCUGGGUGUCCGGGGAGCUGCAGGAGCUGCUGGGGCUCAGCGGCCGCCACGUCCCCGCCUUCCUGGUGGCGCUGGCCCGGCGGAGCCGCAGCGCCGAGGAGCUGCUGGAGCGGCUGCGCGACACCGAGGCGCUGCGGGUGGAGGAGCCGCGCGUGCGGGCCUUCGCCAGGGAGCUCUGGGGGAAGGUCCCCCGGGAACCCCCCCGGGAGCCCCCCGGCCGCGCGGCCGAGCGGGCGGCGCUGGAGCUGCAGCGGCGCAGCCAAGGUUACCGAUUGGUGGAGAGCGACGAGGAGGCGGGGCCCGGCCCCGGCCCCGCCCCCGACAUGGCCGCCGCCGCCGCCCGCCGCCGCCGCCGCCACCACCUCCGGCGCCGCCGCUCCGAGUCCCCCGAGGCCUCUGGCAGCCCCUCGCCCCCGCCGCCGGCCCCGGCUCCGGACCCCCCCGAGGAGCCGGAGGCGGAAUGGGAAGCGUCGGAGCGCGAGCGCCUGCGGGACCUGGAGGAACGGGACGCCUUCGCCGAGCGCCUCCGCCGCCGCGACCGCGACCGCACCCGCCACGUCCUCGCCCGCCCCGACGCCAAGGCUUACGAAGAAGCUCAGAAACGCCUCAAAGUCGCCGAAGAAGACCAAAAAACCAUGGUCCCCGAGCUGCGGAAGAAAUCCCGCCGGGAAUAUUUAGCCAAGAGGGAGCGGGAUAAACUCGAGGAGCUGGAAGCGGAGAUCGCCGACGAGGAAUAUCUCUUCGGGGAGGAGACGCUGACGGGCGCCGAGCGGCGCGAGCUCGAGUACAAGCGGCGCGUGCGGGACCUGGCCCGCGAGUACAAGCGGGCGGGCGAGAAGGAGAAGCUGGAGAAGAGCAACCGCUACUACAUGCCCGAGGAGACGCGGGGGAAGAAAAUCCCGGAACGCGAGGAGCCGGGGACGGAAGAGGAGCGCUUGGCCCCGCGGGACGAGCAGCGGCGCUGGGAGGAGGAGCGCAUGGGGGCGGCCGCCCUGCGGUUCGGGGCGCGCGACGCCGCCCGCCGCCAGCCCUCCCGCGACUACGACUUCGUGCUGGAGGAGGACGAGAUGAUCCAGUUCGUCAGCGCCGUGCAGAUGCAGGGCACCGAGCCCGACAAGGAGGCGCCGGCGGCGGUGCCGGAGGCGGAGCGGCGUCGGCAGUCGGCGCAGGAGGUGCGCCGCAGCCUCCCCAUCUUCCCCUACCGCGACGAGCUGGUGGCCGCCGUCGCCCGCCACCAGAUCCUGGUCAUCGAGGGCGAGACGGGCUCGGGGAAAACCACCCAGAUCCCCCAGUACCUGCACGAGGAGGGCUACACGCGGCAGGGGCUGAAGAUCGGGAUCACGCAGCCGCGGCGCGUGGCCGCCAUGAGCGUGGCCGCCCGGGUCGCCGUCGAGAUGGGCACGAAGCUGGGCAACGAGGUGGGGUACAGCAUCCGCUUCGAGGACUGCACGUCGGAGCGGACGGUGCUCAAGUACAUGACGGACGGGAUGCUGCUGCGGGAGUUCCUCACCGAGCCCGACCUCGGCUCCUACAGCGUGAUCAUGGUGGACGAGGCGCACGAGCGCACGCUGCACACGGACGUCCUGUUCGGGCUCAUCAAGGACAUCGCGCGGUUCCGGCCGCAGCUGAAGGUGCUGGUGGCCUCGGCCACGCUGGACACGCAGCGCUUCUCCGCCUUCUUCGACCACGCGCCCGUCUUCCGCAUCCCCGGGCGGCGCUUCCCCGUCGACAUCUACUACACCAAGGCGCCCGAGGCCGACUACCUGGAGGCGUGCGUGGUGUCGGUGCUGCAGAUCCACGUCACCCAGCCCCCCGGGGACAUCCUCGUCUUCCUCACCGGCCAGGAGGAGAUCGAGGCGUGCGUGGAGCUGCUGCAGGAGCGCUGCCGCCGCCUGGGCUCCAAGCUGGCCGAGCUGCUGGUGCUGCCCAUCUACGCCAACCUCCCCUCCGACAUGCAGGCGCGCAUCUUCGAGCCCACCCCGCCCGGCGCCCGCAAGGUGGUGGUGGCCACCAACAUCGCGGAGACGUCGGUGACCAUCGACGGCAUCGUCUACGUGCUGGACCCCGGCUUCUGCAAGCAGAAGAGCUACAGCGCCCGCACCGGCAUGGAGUCCCUCGUCGUCACCCCCUGCUCCCGGGCCUCGGCGAACCAGCGGGCGGGCCGGGCGGGCCGGGUGGCCCCGGGGAAAUGUUUCCGCCUCUACACGGCCUGGGCCUUCCAGCACGAGCUGGAGGAGACGCCGGUGCCCGAAAUCCAGCGCGCCGACCUGGGCGCCCUCGUCCUGCUGCUCAAGAGCCUCGGCAUCAACGACCUGAUCCACUUCGACUUCCUGGACCCGCCGCCCCACGAGACGCUGGUGCUAGCGCUGGAGCAGCUCUACGCCCUGGGCGCCCUCAACCACCUGGGCGAGCUCACCACGCUGGGCCGGCGCAUGGCGGAGCUGCCCGUGGAGCCCAUGCUGGCCAAGAUGAUCCUGGCCUCGGAGCAGUACGGGUGCACGGAGGAGGUGCUGACGGUGGCGGCCAUGCUGUCGGUGAACAACGCCGUCUUCUACCGGCCCAAGGACAAGGUGCUGCACGCCGACAGCGCCCGCGUCGGCUUCCACGUGCCCGGCGGGGACCACCUCGUGCUGCUCAACGUCUACAACCAGUGGGUGGCGAGCGGGCACUCGGUGCAGUGGUGCUACGAGCACUUCGUGCAGGCGCGGUCGCUGCGGCGGGCGCGGGACGUGCGGGAGCAGCUGGAGGGGCUGAUGGAGCGCGUCGAGAUCGCCCCCUCCUCCUGCGCCGGAGACCUCGUCCCCGUCCGCAAGGCCAUCACCGCCGGCUUCUUCUACCACACGGCGCGGCUGACGCGGGGCGGCUACCGGACGGUGAAGCACCAGCAGACGGUGUUCGUGCACCCCAACAGCUCCCUCUUCGAGGAGCAGCCCCGCUGGGUGCUCUACCACGAGCUCGUCUUCACCACCAAGGAGUUCAUGCGCCAGGUGAUCGAGAUCGACAGCGCCUGGCUGCUGGAGGUGGCCCCGCACUACUACCAGGCCAAGGAGCUGGAGGACGCCGGCGCCCGCAAGAUGCCCAAAAAAGUGGGCAAGAGCCGGGAGGAGCUGGGCUGAGCCCCGGGGGGAGCGGGGAGGGGACGCGGGGACGUCCCUGGGGGCUUCGGGGACACCGCGGGGGGGUGGGGGGGGGCGCGGGGACGUCCCGGGGGACCCCCCGAGUGUCCCAAAUACAGCUUUGGGUGACAAAAAGGCUUGGGGGGUCCCCUCCGCAGCGCCCCUCGGGGAAACGA